GCAACUUCAACUUCAACACCGACCGUCACAUCUUCCAUUCCUCCCCACAUACCUAGCCAGUCUCUGCAAGUGAACACUGCAGAUGCCAGAGAUACGUCGGAGAGCAUAUGCAGUCGACCUCCAGUGAUUUGAAGCUCUAUUGACGCCACCCACCCCACCCGCAGCUGCAUUUCGCCCGCGUCUGGAACCCCACCAAAAGCUCGAUCAAACAGGGGCCGAGCUUCGUGUGGCCGGACGGAACCCGACCAGAGGACCAGGCCCAAAGCCAGCCCAAGCGAUCGACUUUUGGACCUGGCCUUUACCCUUCCCUCACUCCCCUCUCCCACUGUCCACACGAUCCUCAAGCUGUUGGUCCAUCCACUCGACCUGCUCGCCGGUUCUUCCGUCAGCUUGACCGCUUCGAGAACGAACGAACAUCUUCGUACCCUUCCGACUUGCCCGCAAACGAACCCUCGACGAGAAGAGCGAAGCACACAACUCACGCUGCAAACUGUCAAGAUGGCUGACGACACAGUCGCCCAGUUCAUGUCCAUUACGGGCGCCAACGACACCGUCGCCGCUGGCUGCCUGGGCAUGACCGACAACGACGUGAUGGCCGCCGUCAACCUGUAUUUCGAGAACCCAGAGAUCGCGAGCUCCUUCACUGCCCAAGCCCCGGCCGCCGCGCCUGCGUCCUCCUCGACUGCGCCGGCAUCCCGAGCACAAGGCACAUCUUCGAGUCGGAACCUAGGCCGACAGGACGAGCGAGGCGUCAUUCACAUAAGUGACGAUGACGACGAUGACGAGCCCAUUCAGAUUGACGACGACGAUUCAGAAGAAGUAGACCACUCUCACCUCCAGCGUAUUGCGCAGGAGAGCGACGACGCCGCCAUGGCCCGACGCUUGCAGGAAGAGAUGUACGGGGGUGGCGGCGCUCGUGGUGCAGAUGACGUGCGAGCUCCUAUUGCCAGGACGACGGAAACGCUGGUUGCGCCUAGUGGGUAUGGCGCACCGAUCGACGAUGAUGGGUUUGGCGGGCUAGAGCAACUCCGUAGACACACGAGGCCUCGACCCGCUGGUAACCCAUUCGGCCAGUCGAUCUGGGAGGAUUCAGACAACCCGCCGCCGCCGCCAAUGUCAUUUGCCUCCGCGGCAGGCGGCUCCAGCGGGGAGCAGAGCCGAGCACAACGUCUUGCGGACCUGUUCCGCCCGCCGUACGAGCUGAUGGAAAACAUUGCCUGGGACGAGGCCAGAGACAUAGGCAAAGAGGACAAGAAGUGGAUCCUGGUGAAUGUGCAGGACAUGAACGACUUCAACUGUCAGGCGUUGAACCGAGACAUCUGGAAAGAUGCGGCCAUCGUGGCCCUCGUGAAGGAGAACUUCAUCUUCCUCCAAUACGCUAAGGACGACCCCCGCGCCAACGAAUACAACACCUUCUACUUCCCCCCACACGCGCAGGAGAACAAGGACAACUUCCCACACGUGUCGAUCAUUGACCCCCGGACGGGAGAGCAGGUCAAGGUCUGGACAGGCAUCCCAUUCCCCAGCGCCCAGGCAUUCCAUGCGGACCUCGUGGAGUUCCUCGACAGGUACUCGCUGGAACAGAAUCGCAAAAACCCCGUGUCGAAGCAGAAGCGGGCCCAGGCGCCUGUUGACGUGAACCGGAUGACGGAGGAGGAGAUGCUAGAGAUGGCGUUGAGGAACAGCCUGGACACGAACUGUGGGAAUGGAAGCUCUAGCAAUCUGAAUGCGGUGCAGGACCCAGACGACCUGACAAAGUCCGUGGAGCUGGAGAAGGGCAAGGGUAAGGCCGUUGCAACGUCCGGCGCGGACGAGAUCAUGGGGGGAACCCCGCAGGCCGAGGCGCAGGAACCGGAGCCAGAAUCGGCCUCGUCGUCCUUGUUCGCCUCUAUCGGCUCCGACAGGCCCCAUUCUGAGCCUGCCAACGGCCCCACGGUCACGAGAAUCCAAUUCCGCCAUCCCGAGGGGCGAGUGAUCCGGCGGUUCAACACGGCGGAGCCCAUCCGGCGAAUCUACGAGUGGCUCAAGUCGGAGCCGAUCACGGCAGACAAGGCAGGGUGGGAGUUUGAGCUCAAGACGGUGCCCGAGGGCAAGGACCUGAUCGAGCUGUUGGACCAGACCAUCGAGCAGGCCGGCCUCAAGCAGGCCACGGUGAUGAUUGAAUACAUUGAGGCCUGAGCCGUGUCACAUCCUCCUGGGUGGGUGAGUGGGUAGGCAACAUGCCAGUUGGCAGGUGGGAGGAUCCUCUGAUUUCGAAUUAAGAGGCAGGCGGCACAGGUCGCUCGGGACAGAGCACAGGUCACUGGUCACAAAUCAGAUCGCGGCUGCUGGUUGUCAUGAGGCUGUUGUGCCCAAGAUUACGGCGGGCCCAAGGCCCAUGGCCCAUGAGUCUCGCGAUCAUUUUUAUUAUUCAUCUUUUGAAAGGCGUCACGGUCAGGGAUGGAUGUUGGGAAAUCGGGUUCAGGUAGACAACACACGAACUUUUGCGAGGAGGUUUGAACCAGAGGACCCGGCCGGCCUCCAUCAGCAUAGAGAUAUGACCUUUAUUUAGCAUUGCGCCCGAGUGAGAGGGGGGUGGGAUUAGAUGCCCAUCGACCCGUCGCUCUUCAGUCAGAGAUGGAAAUGAUUCAAAAUAACGGACUGACAUCAUGA